AUGGUUAAGUCCCCGGUCACUUCUGACUGGUUAAAGCCGUCGCACUUAAUCCGCAAGCUAUUCCUCAAAGAAUGGCCGGAGGUCGAGUUUGGUGGGCGUGAUGAGUCUGGUGUAUCAAAAGUUCAACAGAACGUAGUCGCGAGUUUCGUGCACGUAAAACAAUUAUUGAACAAUCAAAAUAGAUGUUCAGAUAUAAGUGUCAAUGUGACUGAUGUAAUAAAUGACCACUCUCAGCAACAAAAUAGUGUUCCAACGGGAUAUAAUUUAGUAAAUAAUGAUUAUAACCCUCCAGUAGAUGUACAGCCAGAAAUUCCAUACUCACGGUUUCGUCGAAAUAAGUUUGCUCAUAAAGAAUUUAACGACAAGUUUUUAAACAAUAUGUUUGGUCAUAAGUGCUCCGUUUGUGAUCGAUUGUGGUUUAAGUUAGAUUUAAAAUCACCACGUGCUGAAGAUGAACAAUUAUUAAGGGUAAUAGUUGAAAAUUACAAUACAGUUGAAGAUAUUUUACUGUGCAACACGUGUUACCAAGCAAUUGGGAGGAAAGUGAUUCCUAUAAUGUCUACUUAUAACGGUUUUAAAUAUGAAAAAUACCUGAGGUUUUACCACCGCUUGACUUAA